CCGCACUUUCAGUCAUUCAUUGCGCCUCCAUUGGACUCGUCUCGCACGCUGCUUUCCUCCUGUGGCAGUUUGGACGAUGUUUGCGUGCAGAGCAGCCUGGCAGAGGUGUGGGCCUCUGGCGCGACAGUCCCUGUACCACGCUCGGCUCAACAGAGAUGUAGUUCCACGGAGGCUCAUGUCGUCAGCUCCUGGCGGCUCCGGUGAGAAUUUCCUUUAUGUCGUCCUCUGCGGUGGAGCCUUCGCCGGUGCCGUGGCAUAUGCUUACAGAACAGUUGCAACAGACCACGCGCGUUUUGUUGAUCGUGUUUCUGAAAUUGAUGCUCGUCCCAAGUCUGACUGGAAACCCAAACCAUGGCCACCCAAGAGUGGGGAGAAUGGCAAUGAAGAAGCUAGUGCAGAGGAAGGAGAGGUGGCAGAAACUGUAGAAAGCACAGCCGAGGAGGAUGUUCCUGCUGAGGCACCUGAGGUCUUGCUGGAAACAGCCGAGGCCACCAGAGGGAAGGUGGGAACUCUUGAGACCGUUGUGGAAAAGGUUACCGAGACUGUUGCAGAGACUGCAGAGGUGGUUGCUGAGGUGGCGGGGGUUGUUCAUGAAACCGCAGAGGAGGUGGCAGCGGUGGCAGAAGAAGUGCAGAAGGUAGCAGAGGAAGUAGAAGCAGCAGCAGAGGCUGUCGUAACUCCUGUUAUCCAAGCUGAAGAGCCGGCGUCACAGAGCAACAGGUCGGUUAGCACAGCAGCAGCAGAAACAGUAAAGCUGGCUGCUGCCUCCGUGAUCGAGGCUGUUCCUGUGGAGUCUGUAUCCGUGGAAGAUGUAUGUCUUGUAGGGUCGGUUAGCACAGCAGCAGCAGAAACAGUAAAGCUGGCUGCUGCCUCCGUGAUCGAGGCUGUUCCUGUGGAGUCUGUAUCCGUGGAAGAUGUGUCAGUUGAAGCUCUACCAGAGAUGCCCACUGAGGUUCCUACAACAGAUCAUUUGGAAAAUGUACCAGUAACAGAGGUGGCACCUAUUGCUCCAGUGAUGGAGGAGGAACCAGCUUCUCUAGUAGCAGAGGCACCAGAUGCCACUGUAAUAGAAGAGCCUCCUGUAGCAGAGCAAUUGUCCAGUCCUCCAGUGACAGAAGUAAUAUCAGUUUCCCCUGUUGUAGAUGAGCCUGUUGCCACAGUGGUAGAAGAGUCUCCAGUAGCAGAGGAGACACCAGUUGAUUCAGCAGCAGCAGAAGUAUUUGUUGCUCCAGUGAUUGAAGCAGCACCAGUUUCCCCAGUUGUAGAAGAACUAGCUGUUGCAGCAGUGGUAGAAGUGGCUCCAGUUGUAAAGGAGACACCAGUUGAUUCUCCAGUAUCCUCAGAAGAAGCAUCUGAUAUCCCUGUGAUAGAAGAGGAAGUUUUAGUUGCCCCAGUGACAGAAGAGACACCUAUUGCCCCAGAAGCAGAGGAGGUAUCAGUUGCCCCAGUGAUAGAAGAGAUGCCUGUUGCCCCUGUGCCAGAAGAGGCAGCCGUUUCCUUUGUAACUGAAGGCGCACCUGUUGUAGCGACUGAAGAAUUUGAGGAAACACUUGCAGCCAAAGUAGCAGAAGAGGAUAUUUCAGUGGUUGAGGAAGUGAAGGCAGAAGAGGUGAUUGCAGAAAGUGCAGUUGUGGAGGCUCCAGUAAGUAUAGUCGAGGAACAAGCAGCAAGUCCAGUUGUGGAACCAGAUGUUGCAAGCAUAGUGGUCACUGAGGAAGUUGCUCCAGCUGAAACGUCAAGUGCACCUUCGGAAGAGCCCAAACGACACUACAUACUGGUUGUCUUGGAGGGAGCUCCCAAAACAGAAAAGAAGCCAAUGGUGCUCGGUGUGUCACCCGUGACUGGCAAGAUCAUCCCAGCCCCUGAUGAUGGUGAAGAGCCAUCGGGACAGGGCAAGCACCGUAUGCUUAAAGUGCAGAUGUAUUAACACCAACUAAAAAAGUUGGGAGCAGUCCGAUGUCCUGGGAUAGUAAACCGGUUCCCUGAUAAACAAUUAGUGAUGUGCCUUCCCCAUUUCCUUGAGCCCCUGGAUUUCAGUAAUCCUUACACUGGGCCCAGAAUGCAGUUUCCUUCCGACUCAGCUCAAAAUAAUACUCUAUUUCCACUGACAUGCUCUCCACUGGAGAGUGGUUACUUCAUGUGAACAUUCACUUCACUCUGAUGUGAGACAAAAGUUUCUUGAAAAUAAUAAUAAUAUGCAUGAAAAGCUGUGACCUAUAUUUAUAGCCUUUUUAAAUGGAACUCCACUCUUUUUGACUCAACUGCACAUUGGAGCCUAUACUAUAGUGAACCCUACCUCAAACAUCACAUUAUAGGACAUGUCUUGGAAUUGGCAUGUCAAUAGUUGCAACCAGCAGGGCUACACGUUUGCCACAAACACUGUCAUACCUGCAUGCUGGCCAUCAGUUUUCUGGUUCUCCUCUGUCUUCAAUCUAUUUUUCAUUUGCAUUAUUUAUGAAUUAGCACUAUUAUUAUUUUUUGUACCGCUCUACCUCAGCUUGAAAAGACAGUGUUCUCCUUUUUCUAGUAACCAGUAUUAUAGUAACCAGCUGGCAUUACCAAUGGGACAUGACUAGGUCAAAAAACAACUGACAAACCGAUUACCUUUACCAAUAUAGUCAAUACAACAAUAAGCCAUGUUACAAGUCACAUUCCAGUAUUCAUUUCUAAAGCGAGUCUCUACAAUGUUAUCCAAAAGGCAGACCCCACUGCUGCACUCCUUUGCCUUUGUUUUGCUGUUCUCUCUUCUCUUGUGAUUAUAAAACUUGUUUCGCAAAUACAUAAAUAAAUUCCUUUGCUUUAUGUGGCAAAAACAAGGUCCCCAAAUCUGUUACGCUAACGUUACACUAUUACUGAUACUACAGUUUUGAUGCUCAUAUGAUUUGAGAUUUUAGACUGGUAGACAGGCAUAUGUGGAUCCACAAAGGAAAUUAAGGUCAGAUAAAUAAAAAUAAUAAUAAUAAAAUGUAAAAAAAAAAAAAAA